AUGGCGCCGCCACAGGGACAAGCGUCCUAUAAGAAACAACCCGGCGUACUGGCCAUCUCAAAAGACCGCAAGUCGGUAUCAUGGACUCCAGCACAACCACCCGACGCGGCUCCGGCGUUGGUGAUAUCCGCAGCGAACAUUACCAACCUCCAACAGACGCCUGAAUCGAGUGCCAAAGUGAUGUUAAAGAUAUUCGCGCAGCUUCCCGGUCAAGCGGAACCGGUGGCUCACGUCUUCACAUUUACAUCUCCCAAAAAUGCUAGAGGUGAGGCUAACGCCAUCAAAGACGCUUUGGCAAGCUCCAUCCAGGCACAGAAGGCGGCUCAGACUGCGGCGGCGGCGACCCCUCCCUCAGCAAAUGGGGGAACCAGCAACUCAUGGGAGGAUGACGAGCGGUUAAUCACAGACGUCAAACUACAGCAGUCAUUAAUGCAGGAAGCCCCGAACCUGCAGAGGACAUUCAUUCAAGCUCUUAGCCUCAAGCCUGAGUCGAUAUCGGUGACGCAGUUCACUCAACAAUUCUGGUCCUCCCGUGUCCAUCUUCUACGUGCCCACGCCAUUGCUCAAAGCCAAGGCCGAGGCAAAUACAACGUGUUCUCCGAAUUACGUCGCGAGGAUGGAGGAACCAAGCUCAGCUUGACGCAAGAUCAUGUGCGCGCCAUCUUCGAGCAGUAUCCUGUCAUGAGGACCAUCUACGAUCGGGUUGUUCCCCACCGAUGCAAAGAUGACACGGAAUUCUGGUCGCGCUUCUUCCAGAGUCAGCUGUACAUGAAACUUCGCGGUCUCAAGUUCGAUCCGACAAAAGAAUCUCGAGACAAGUACCUCGACACGGACGAGUUUCUUAACCACCCCGAAUUGACCGGACUUCGACCGACGUCAACCGAACUGCACAUACCCAAAUUUAUCGAUUUGGAAGGGAACGAAGAAAAUCACAGUCAGCGCAAGGGCAAUCGCCCGGACGGCGAGCUUCGACCCACAGCGCUGGAUAGGGCGCCUAUCAUUCGUAAGUUGAACGCCUUGAGCGAGAAGUUGAUGGCCUCCGUCCGGCCAGCGGACGUCGAUGCCUCAGCCCCUAUUGGUAUGUCAGAAGCAGAGUACGAGAGGCUUCGCCUCCGCGAUCUGUCAGGCGACCCAGAACAACAUCGGAUUAUUCUGAACAUCCGGGACCAAAGCCGUUUCUUCUCUGACAACAACCGAUCUUCCACGGACGACAACAACCCGUUUCGUGGCCUCAACCCAACCGCAGCCAUUCAAAAUGUUUACAACGACAUCGCAAGCCACUUCCCGCUGCCGGGAACUGGCGUGAUCCCCAUUGAGGCCAACGACGCCACGGACGAUGACGAGAUGGACGAAGACUCUGCCGGGGCACGGCCCGAAUCAGGGUCGUCUGCUGCCAUGAAGCACAUCAUGUCUCUGGUCCAAGCACACCGUGACCAGACGAAACAGAUCCCCAUCGCCUCGGGACUAAGCACGGCCAUCUACGACCGGCUGACGCUGACGCAUGCCACGACCAUCGAGUUCCUGCGACAAUUCUGGAAUGCAUUCUUGUCGGGCGACCCAGCUCGCGCGAACCAAGUGGCUUCACUAGUUGAAAGCUUGAACAGGGCGCUCGACCGCAUCAAUAUCAUUGCCGAUGAUGCAGAGAAGGAGAGACAGGAGCAUAUCCGAGCCCAGGAGCGCAGUCUUGAAGAACGGUUCCGCAAGACCGGACGCAGACAUCGUUUGGAUCACAGCGCCAUUCAGGGCGGCGGCAACGUCGUCAGGGAGCUGCUUGGCCCCGUCAUCAAGAGUCUGGCCAACGUCGUCGACAGGUACAAGCAGGCUUUUGAGGAACAAUCCAAAGGCAUGAGCCAAGGAUGA